AUGAAUUCGGACCAUAUUAUGGAACAAAGUGAAACGGAACACUUCACAGAGGAUUCAUCUAAUAUUAUUCCUUCGUCUGAAUCGGACCCCCCACCACCGCUAACGUGUCACAUACCGCCUUGCCGCUCAGGUGACUUGUGUCUAUUUGAUAGUGGGACUUUGAAUGGUGAGACUCCCGGAGGCACUUUUGAUUCUUCUGCCGGUGACAUGGAUACUCAGUUGAAUGAACGGCAACGCACAUUUACGCAGGCCGACGACUUCCAAGAUAUGCCCAAAACAUGUGAAUUGGCCGAACCGGAUAGUUCUUCAGUUGGAAAUUCUGAAGAGGCAUCUGGUUUUUCUGCUUACCGAUUGGGCGUCGUCCAGUUCUGCGAUACCACCAAGCACACUAGUCCGAACUUGGAGGUUACACAAGAAGCUCUUACUUCCUAUCCCUCACCAUCGGAUCUACCCUUGAUGAGCCAAACGGAUCGCAUCGAUCUCGUCUGGGACAAUGGAAGUCAGUUCCCCUCUUCUCAGACCCGCGGAUCUACUCCGGCCCGUUUGGCUUUGAUGCCGGACGAGAACAAGUCCUCUAUUGUCCCCACAUUUGCCUCUUCUAACAAUUCUCUUACUCCUCGUUGGACCAAGUCUUUAAAUCCACGUCCACUGAACAAUGAUAGUCCAUUCGAAGAACCUUUCAAUGGAUCCACCAGUCAGCUACACAAUCGAUCGAUUGAGGGGUUGUCUGGCUACGAGUCUACUACAACGCCUUUAACUGAUGUUCCUCAUUCUGGUGCUUCCUCCAUGCAUCAAGAUAGUGGAUCUGCCCUCCCUACUCUGUCCUCCGCAGAGAAAAGCAGCAACGGUUGUCAAGCUGACCGAAGCGACUCUGCACCACUUACUUCAGUUAGUGAUACUUCGCAUGCCACGUCAGAUCCAGCUUCCGGCCUCUACCAGCUCUUUGGCCAUAAAAUCUCCCUCCAUCUAUCCGUAAUCUCCACUCCACUACGUUCGCAAAACUCCCAAGUUAAAGUUAUUUAUUUCGAUGGACUCCAUUUAGAGUUUGAUGAAACGGAUCCAUCAAAGGCUGAUAAUCUUUUCAAUACUGAAUGCACUCGUUUAUGGUCCCGAAUGAAUGCAUUUUUCCAAGGUAGCCUACAUUCCGACGGGACUGAAUCAUCUUUAUCCCGGAUGCACAUUCCCCAAAGUACCGGUACUCGCGGAAAGAUGCGGACUUCAGAAACCGUGUCUUCUGAUUCGGCUAUUACCACAACUUUGACGAACACCAAGCCAUUUCUGAUAUCGAACGCUCGAACAUCUUCAUCGAGUUCAGACCUGUUCAUACCGCGAACGCAACGCCAGCGUGGAAAGCGUCUUUUGGAACAGGUCUUCCCGACGCGCACUCUAGAUGCGCGUUCUUCGUCUUCCAGUUCUGAGCAUCCACCACGCCACCCUUGGCCUCCACUACCUGUCUCUCCGUCACUUGUGGCUUCUUCAUCACUACAUCCUCUCACUUCGUCACACUCAACUCCUCCCAUUGACUCAGUUGUCAACCCAACUGGAGUCGCGACGUCCUCUCUACCCCAAUCUUCCAUUAUCGCCUCUGUCGUGGCUGAGCCUCAGGCCAAUGAAAAUGCCGAGAUGCAACUCUCGCCUAUAUGUCCCGUUAAUAAUGGGCAGUGCGACAUUGUGGAUGAGCGUAAAGUACCAGAUGUCGAUUCCACAACGCCCACUGAGAGUGGCCGCGAAGAUCAAACCGUUACUGCGCAUGCUUAUCACCCUUCUCUGACACUGGUCCUCGAGACGCCAUCCGAAGACACCGAGGAGCAAAAUUCACCUUGCGAUUCACACAAAACUAUACCUGAUUCUGCUUCCGCGAGUGCCGGAGCAUGCAACAGUUCUUCUGAUGAAACUUGUGUUCCCAAGGAUGACAGUCAAAUCUCUGUCCAACCCGAUCAACAAUCAUCGGAGAAGCGCGCCUUACUUGACACAUUGCCCAAAGAAGGAAAAAUCGCUGUCUAUGGGAGAUGGCAUGCAGGACCAUAUUACUACGCUGGCGCACUGGAACUGCCACAAAAAGGCCCCCGUCUGUUGGUUCACUUUGAUGAUGGUUCGAACGCCCGUCUUCGGCCGGUGGACAUACUUCAUAUCAACUUGCUACCUGUGCAAACUGAGGUGUAUGCUGAUUGGUCGAACAGCGGCGAGUUCUGGGCCGAUUGCGUUGUGGAAGCCCAUCUGAUGGAUACGCAUAGGCCUUACUUGGUCUUUUGUCGGACUAACAGUGAGCGUAAAGCCCUUAGCCGAAGGGAGGUUUCUGUCCAUCAGUCUGAAGUGACUGCACUUCGUGAGUCUGUUGAGUUAUCAUCCAGGUUGGAAUCGCUGAACGACGGCGGUUCACUCAGCAAAUCGAAGAAUGAAGAAACUUCUGAACAGGAUAUCUCUUUGCCACCAUCGAAGUCUGUUGUCUUUUCUCCCGAGGUCAGUCUUGCAAAUGUUUUGUUCAGCAAACGACAGCUGAAAACUAAACGGUAUCGGGCCAGUUGGAUCACGCCGCUUACGCGUUUCUCUUCUACUCCUGACGAAACACCUGACCCUCCACAUUCUAGAAUACCUUUGACCGUGUGUCAUCAAACUUCACCCAAAACUGCACGUGCAAGGUCAGAACCAGCUCGUACGAUGAACGGCAGUCUGUCAUCACAAUCGAAGAGAGCACACAAUAUUUCCACCCAACCUCGUUCGGACUUGAGGAGAAUACGAAAGAAGCAACGUCUUGAUGACUCUCUACAAAAUGACAGCGACGCUGCUCCAUCGGAUUCGGAAGAAAGCGCUAAACCUACACCCCCUUCAACCAUACGGAGCUCAUUAUUGUCCCCAGACACUCGCAACAUUCAAACUCUCCCUCCUGACUCUUCCACCUCGGUCUUUCUGCGGCGAUCACUGGGUCGUUCCCUCGGCAUCCCCAUCCCUGGGCCUUGUGUCUUUUCCAACUGGACAAUUGUCUUUACUGGCUACUCAAAGGUCGCCUAUUCAGGAGAUGUUGAUCGCGCUGCUUUAGAACAGCUCGUCUUGGCAUGCGGAGGUACUGUCGUCCACGAACUCAGCCCUAUGAUGUUGGGCGAGACUCGGCAGUCUCCUUGGUCCACUUGGGAAGAACAUGGUGCAUCCGCGCCUUCCAGUCGCAGGUACAUCGCCGUCGUGGCUCCUGAUUUUUGUCGUACUCUGAAAUACUUCCAAGCACUGGCCACUCUCGGUCGUGUGCCUAUUCUCAACACUUCCUGGAUUGUGGACGCGUGUCGUGAGGAAGCCACGUAUACUGCGAAUCAGAAUAACAAGCCACUUGACUGUCCAAUGCGUCUUCUACUCACUAAACCUGGUCACUAUGAGCUGCCCAGAGGCUCCCUCCCCAAUGAGCAAUCACCGGUGAGCUGGCUAUCCGUCCCCGUUCGUUAUCGUUCGCCGGCUUAUCGUUCGCUGCCUUCACCCUCCUUGUUCGAUCUUCGAGCUGAUUGGCUUGUCUAUCAAACCCGUUGUGAAUUGGUCGCAAUCGUCACCGAUGAUAUGGACGUUUUCGGCCCCGCUUGGUCAAAUAUUCUUCAGCUUGCUAGCGGUGCUGCUUUGUCAGCAGAUGAAGUUCCGUCUGAUGGAUGCGUUGCUGCUGUUCCGGUUUUCUCCAUCAGUGAGGCGCCUAAGGCAUUGGCUAAGCGAAUUCCAAAGCACCAUGCAAACCAACCUGCAGAACCAUUGAGUACGCUUGUGCUAAUCGACAUAAGUGAGCUCCCCGCUGAUGCGAUGUCCCAGUUGGAUGCCUUGCCUUGCCAAUUGGUCACUUGUGAUUACUUCAUCCAGUCACUGAUUUGCGGUUACCUGUUGAACCCAUCCGAUUCCAGUUCCUUUGUCCCACCCCGUCACUAA